UGCAUCUCUCUGCAGGGCAGCUGCUUAGAGACCCUCUGCAGUCUCUCCUCCUCAUACCCGGCUUGUUGUAACAGAGCUGACAUCCCGGUAUACAGGAUCUAUCACACUGUGAGGAGGAGCUCAGCUGCAGCUCAGACGGACCAUUUCAGCCAGAUCUCACUCACCGAACCACGGUGCUGAGAGAGCCUGGUAUUGUCUUGUCGGAAUAACAGCCUUCUGGCUUUGGACACGACAUUUUUUCAAAAUACAACAUGAGGACAAAUGUUGGAUAAAUACAACGUGGUUUUCUUGAAUGGAGUUCUGGAACGCACGUUUUCUGCUGAGCGAGAGUGAUGAAUGAGAACCAGAGAGGAGGAGAGGAGAACCACAUCGCCAUGGAUACCAGAGAGCAGGGAUGCUGAGGAUGCUGAGGAUGCUGAUGAUCAGUGGAGGCUGGUGGAAAUUUUUUCUUGGUGGUGCUGUGCCACAUCCAAUCAAUUUCAGCAAACAUCCCGGUAUGAUUUAAUGCAAAAGAAAAGUGAAGAUGUUAUAGUUUGCUGAGGUUCAUAAAUAGAUCCUGCAGGACCCCCCUUUCACACAGACCUGGAGGAUGAUCCCCGGGGCCCCCAGCACCACGACCACCACCAUGCUCCCCGCCUCCGAGGCUGCCAAGAUCUACCAGACCAACUACGUGCGCAACUCCCGCGCCAUCGGCGUCCUGUGGGCCAUCUUCACCAUCCUCUUUGCCAUCGUCAACGUGGUGUGCUUCAUCCAGCCCUACUGGAUCGGGGACGGCAUGGACACCCCUCAGGCUGGGUAUUUUGGGCUCUUCCACUACUGCAUCGGCAACGGGCUGUCCCGGGACUUGACCUGUCAGGGCAGCUUCACGGAGUUCAGCACCAUCCCCUCCGGCGCUUUCAAGGCCGCCUCCUUCUUCAUCGGCAUGUCCAUGGUGUUGGUCAUCACCUGCAUCGGCUGCUUCGCGCUCUUCUUCUUCUGCAGCACCGGGACCGUGUACAAGAUCUGCGGCUGGAUGCAGCUGGCUGCAGGUACAUGUCUGAUUCUGGGCUGCAUGAUCUACCCGGACGGCUGGGACAGCGACGAGGUGAAGCGGAUGUGUGGCGAGCAGACGGACAAGUACACGCUGGGGGCCUGCUCGGUGCGCUGGGCCUACAUCCUGGCCAUCAUGGGCAUCAUGGACGCGCUCAUCCUCUCCUUCCUGGCCUUCGUUCUGGGAAACCGUCAGGACAGUCUGAUGUCUGAGGAGCUGCUGGGAGACAAGAGCGGGAAUAACGCCAUAUAAUAUCUGGUCUUGCUGCCUAGACAUGAUGUUACUUCAGGAUCCAGCUUCCCUCUCCUGGUCCAACCUGUGGCUGGGAUGCAGAGCUGAUGUGUGGGGAAAGAACAGAUCUUAGAAGAGGAAUGAGAGGAGGUCUGGAAGAGGCCACACAGCCUUGGUGGAGACCAGGAUGCCGCUUGUCCUCUCUGAAAGCUCCCCCCUGUAAAAUAGCCUUCUCAUUCAUCUCAAACUGCUUCUUUUUCGCAGGAUGAAUUCGCAAAAAGACUUUCUUAAAGUUGUUGGUAUGUCACUGCAUCAUGUUACCCCCGAGCUGCUCAAAACUGAAAUGCUGAAGUGUCCCGUGUGGAUGUGAGGACGGCUGCCAGUGCACAGAUUCAGCUGAAGGGAAAAAAAAAUAUAUAUUAAAAAGACUCUUCAUGUGGUAUUUCAGCUCUAGGACACACACCACGGAGCGACGGCUGCUCAAAUCGAAUUAAAUCAAAACAAAUUAUCCAGACUUUGACCGACACAAAUGAGGACUUAACAGACUUGAGGUCGAAGCUGUCAGAUCUUCUUUCUUAUCAAGUUAACAAACUCCCUGCAAAGGAGUCUGGCUUUGACACUGUUUGACCUUUGAUUUAAAGGAGAGCACUGAAGAAAACGACAGGCUGGAUUAACGAACAGAAACUACAGUACUGUUUUGUUAUUAUUAAAUGUUUGAUGUGAUAGAAUCAAAAGGUAGUAAUUAGAGGUUUUGAAGGUACUAAAUAGGAGGAAACACCAAUUGUAUGAAGUCUAUAAUCUGUGUACUAUAGCUAUAUGUGGAUUACGUCCCUGUACUUUGUCUUGACUUUGAAAUAUGCUCUUUGAAAUGUCAAGCUAUUGGUCCAUUAUUAGUGUGUACCAUACAGUAUCUUGUAAUCUGACAGUAUUGUGGAGUACUAACGGGGAGUAAGAAGCUAAACUGAACAUGAAUUGAGGCUGGAUACGUUUUGACUCUUUGUUUUAUCUUUUUGUUUCCUUUCAUUCUUCAGUCUCCCAGUUAAAAGAGCUAGUUAAACACAUGGGUGGUGAGUCUAACUUACAUUUAAACAAAAGAUCAACACUUUUAAAAGAGAAAGUUGGACAUUUUGGGAUAUCGUAUUAGCUUUCUAGCGGAGAGUUAGCAUUGGCACAGAUAAAAAGAUUGGGUUGUACAGAGUUGUGUGCAGUUGUGGUUGUGUUUAUUUGUGCUUUAGAACGGAAAUAAUCAGAAAAUAAUGCUUUAAUUCUCUUAUUCAGUGCUUUGUUUUCACUAACGCCGCUCCCUCUCUUCAUUCACUCUGUAGCUCGCUCAAUCAUCGCUGCCCUCUCUCCCUCCCUCGCUUGUUGAGGAGGAGGGCCAACAUUGAAUGCCAUGUUUACAAACAACCAACAACUGUUACAUAUUAUACCUUUAAGCUAACAGAGUACGACAAACAUGAGAGUGGAAUCAAUCUUCUAAGCUAGCUAACUCUCCGCUUGAAAGCUAACAAGGGCUAUUCCUUGAACACCUUUUUUUUAAACAAAGUACUUUCGAGUGUCACACAGCAACAUUAUAUUUGUGAACCCGUCUCCUUUUAUUACUAUUUUUAUUUCAGGUGUUACCAGGUCAAGCUGAAGGAGUCCUGAGCGUAAAAUACAGACUAUUACUCCAAAAGGACUCAUUGCACUCUCCUGCGCCAUCAUCAAGUCACAUUGCUGCGGCUACGGCUUUUCACUGCGUGGAGCAAACCACGUGAUGUGUGAAGGUAUUGUUUCUUUCUCCCAACUCAUUCAGUCGAGACUAUGACAAAAUGUUGAACCCUUUUCUGUAUGGGUCUGUUCAGAUGAAUAACUUCUAGUAUGGAAUCAAAGUGUGAGACUAUAAAAAUAAACAGAUUUACUAAG